GGAAGUAUAAUUAAAUUAGGAUACUUCUUUCCUUUCCUACUAGGAUUAUUCUUUCCUUUCCUACUUGUACUCUGAUUACUCUUGUAUUCCCUAUAUAUAGGGUCAUAUCUCUCAAUAUUCAAUAAGAUAAGUUAUUAUCAAAUUGUAUCAUGGUAUCAGAGCUAAGGCUCUCAAAAACCUAGCCUCUCUUUUUUUCCGACCGCCGCCCACCAUGGCAGCCCCGUCGGAUCCUUUGGCGUCCUUACCCUCCGGAGUAAAACUUUUGCUUCGGAGUCUCCACAACUUAAUCCCAGAAAAACUCACCGAAACAAAUUAUCCGGCUUGGUCUCUCAAUGUCCAGACAGCUCUUUCAGCUAAUCUCCUCCUUGGAUGGAUUGAUGGUCAUGAAGCAGCCCCGGCGCCAACUAUCUCCAAAAAUGAUAAAACCGUCCCUAAUCCAGAGUAUACCUCCUGGACCAUCGUUGACACACAGAUCCGCGCCUGCCUCCUAGCGGUCAUCAGCCCCUUCGUUCACAAACAUGCUAGCGGCUUCACCACAUCUGCUGCCCUCUAGGAUGCUUUGGCCGCACGGUACAACUCCGUGUCCACCGCUCAUGUUUAUCAGCUUCGGGACAAACUCCACACUCUUCGUAAAGGUACAAAAACUAUGACACAAUACCUUGAUGAUGUGGCAACUAUUCUCUCGGAUCUCGAUGCCUUGAAAGAAGAGAUCCCUGAACGUGAUGUGGUGAAUGCUGUUAUUCGUGGUCUUCCCACCGAAUACUCAUCCUUUAAGCAAAACAUUCGCAUGAACAAUACCAAUAUUUCGUUAAAUCAGCUUUCUGGAUGGCUGAUCUCCGAAGAAAUAAACCUGGAGAUGGAGAAUAAACUCAGCCUCACCGAGUCUACCAUCACCGAACCUCGCACAGCACUUCUCGCUACGAACGGUCGAGACUCGGUCAUCCAGCUCCUGCGAUUGCCAAAUCUAUUUUGUCUUCCUUAGGUUUUCAGUUUUCAGAGCCUUUACAUUGUGAAUCAUGUUAUGUCUCUAAGUCCUGUCGUUUACCUUUUGAAUUGUCUGAACAUAAGG